AUUAAAUCUCAACCCUUCAUUUAAUUAAUAAACCUCCACGUGGAAAAUAAACCAGUUAUUUUUAUUUUAAAAUCAUUUUCUUCUGUUAUCCUCUCAUUGUCUUCCUCCUUAAAGAAAAGGUUUUGAUAAUCCAAUCCAUGGAUUAUCGUUGCUUCGACUCUAAUCAAGAAACCACCUCUGAAUCCUCGAGUUUGAAUUCGAAGCUUCCUUUGUAAAGUUUUGAGCUUUACUCAUGGCAGCUUAUGCUCGUACCUUCUCUUCGUUGACCCAUCUCCACCAAACCUUCUCGCCGCCGUUCUCUCUUCUCCGACGACGACAUCACAGCGCGAAACCCACUUCCCGAAUCACCUGCAACCUCAAAUUCAACCACCACAAGCUCCGAUCACCCCGUUCCGUGGAGCUAGACCGGUUCAUCACAAGCCAAGAAGAAUCAGGCGGCGGCGGCGGCGGCGGCGAAGCGGAUGAGGAGAUAGGAGAGGGGUUCUUCGAGGCGAUCGAGGAGCUGGAGAGGAUGGCGAGAGAGCCCUCCGACAUCCUCGAGGAGAUGAACCACAGACUCUCCCCUCGAGAGCUCCAGCUGAUGCUCGUCUACUUCGCGCAAGAAGGGAGGGACUCGUGGUGCGCGCUCGAGGUCUUCGAGUGGCUGAAGAAGGAAGAUAGGGUCGACGAGGAGAUGAUGGAGCUGAUGGUUUCGAUAAUGUGCGGGUGGGUUAGGAAGCUGGUCGAGGAGGAGUGCGGCGCGGGGGAGGUGUUCGAGCUGUUGGUUGAUAUGGAUUGCGUUGGGUUGAGGCCUGGGUUUAGUAUGGUGGAGAAGGUUAUUGCUUUGUACUGUGAGAUGGGGAAGAAGGAGAGUGCUGUUUUGUUUGUUAAGGAGGUUUUGAGAAGGAGAGAUGGGUUUGGUGGUUACAGUGUUGUUGUUGGUGGCUCUGAAGGAAGGAAAGGUGGGCCCACUGGGUAUCUUGCUUGGAAGAUGAUGGUUGAUGGAGACUAUAAGAAUGCUGUUGAUUUGGUUGUUGACUUGAGACACUCAGGGCUAAAGCCAGAAGCUUACAGCUAUCUGAUCGCGAUGACAGCUAUUGUGAAGGAGCUGAACAGUCUUGGGAAGACUUUACGCGAGCUAAGACGCUAUACACGGGCUGGUCUUGUUGCUGAGAUCGAUGAUCACGAUAGGUUGCUUAUAGAGAAGUAUCAGUCAGAGCUCAUAUCGUGCGGACUUGAGUUAGCAGCUUGGGCGAUCCAGGAAGGGAAAGAUAAUGAGUCCAUUGUUGGGGCGGUCCACGAGAGACUCUUGGCGAUGUAUAUAUGCGCAGGACGUGGACCAGAAGCGGAGAAACAGCUUUGGGAGAUGAAAUUCGCAGGGAGAGAACCUGAUUCCGACCUACACGACAUUGUGAUGGCGAUUUGCGCUUCGCAGAAAGAGGUGGAUGCGGUUUCAAGGCUUCUGACACGGGCCGAGUACAUGGGAGCUGAGAGAAGGAAGAAGACUUUGUCGUGGUUGCUCAGAGGGUAUGUGAAAGGAGGGCACUUCGAAGAGGCUUCGGAGACGUUGGUGACGAUGAUAGACUCUGGUUUGUGUCCGGAGUAUAUUGAUCGAGUGGCUGUGAUGCAAGGGAUGACGAGGAAGAUCCAACGGCCACGGGAUGUUGAAGCGUAUAUGGGUCUAUGCAAGAAGCUGUUUGAUGCUGGUUUGGUAGGACCUUGUCUUGUGUAUAUGUACAUGGAUAAAUAUAAGAUGUGGAUAGUGAAGAUGAUGUAAAAGAGUGAGCAUGAGGUUAGCUGAUACAGGAGGUUAAUGACUCAAAGCUGAGAUCAUCUUUUUUGGGGUAUAUAAAUAUGUAUGUAAGCAAAUAAUAUACGUAUAUCUCUCUAUGUAAGCAAAUCAUAUAUGUAUGUACAUUCAUGUACUGUACUUAUGAAAUAGUCUUUGAAUU